GCACUCCAUAAUUGUUUUGUUCGAUGUCAGCAAUAGAAAGAUCGCCAGGUUUACGUUGGGGCAUGGAUGAAACUCAAAACAGCUGGUGGGGUGGCUGGCUACAGUUGGCGAAGGAAAAGAGUUUGGCUGCUGUUGAUUUUGUGAAGCGGGAUCUUUCAGAAUUCACAAACACCAUGAGCCAUGACACCACAAAAAUAGUUGAAGUUACAAGUUCCACAAUCAAGGACACUUUAACGGCUGAAAAUACGAGUGUGGCGAAGGACAAGAUGAAGCAGAGUAUUCACACCCUGUUCAACGGGCUGUCGAAGGCUCUGAUCAUCCCCCACGACGAUGACGAUGAGCCUAAACCACAGCUGGCCAGCGAGGGAGCGGCCUUAUUUGACAGGUCAAAGGCUCGUCUUCAUGCGAUUCAAGUUGAUCCUGGCACAUACCUCAAUGAACCCACUGGUCCUGAGGCUUUGUUCAAGGAGUGGGUCAAAGAAUUCAACAUGGAUGAGAAGAAAGGACACAUAUCGAACGUUCUCGUCAUCAAUGUGGAAGUCCGUGCUUUGUACACAAAACUGGUUCCUUUACAAAUGUCACAUACUGACUUCUGGCAACGUUACUUCUACAAGUUGCACCAACUUGAGAUGGAUGAAGUUCGUAAACAGGCAAUGAUGAAUCGUGCUGAGCAAGAACGUGAAGAUUCUCUCGGAUGGGAAGAUGACUGGAGUGGAGAUGAAGACUUUGAAGAUCUUUCUAACACUGACCUGACACCUUCUUCUGAGACAGAACCAUCAGUUCCAGAAUGUAAUCCAGCCAGUUUAUCCUCCUCCAUUCUACAACCGAUACCAGAACGGGGGAAAGAAAUGCCACCAUCAGAUGAACCCGAGUCACUCAAAGGGCAUAAAGAGCAAGAUGUACAGAAGAACGUUACGACUGCCUGUGAUAACUUGCCUUGUGAUCAACAACACACUGAGGUUAUUCCCAAUCAACAGGAGAGCAAACAGUCUGCCAGCAGUGUGAAAGGAGAUGAAAAGUUUGUGUCAAAGAUGAAUCCAGAGCCAAAGUUGUCUUCUAAAGAACAGCAGCAGAUAGUUGAGGUCCCUGUUGUGAAGGAGAAGGAAUCGGAGCCACAGCCUGCUGUUGUAGAAAAGUCUACUUCUUUAAAAACAGAAACAGUUAGCUCUGUGAAGGCAGAAACAGUUACUUCCAUGAAUACAGAAGCUGUUGCUUCUGUGAAGGCAGAAACAGUUACUUCCGUGGUUGCAGCUGAUGAUAUAUUUUCUGUUGAACCAGCUUCACCUACUCCAAAACCCUCAAAUGAUGUUCAUCUUGUUGAAACAAUUUCAUCAGACACACUACUGGCAGUUGAGCAGUCAAAAGGAAAUACUUCAACAGAAAAUAACAGCAAUAACAAUCAGACUCCCGAUGUUGAGAUCUUGCAGAAGACAACUCCGAGUUCACUGCAAAACGUUUCAGAUAUUAUUCCGCAUAAAACACCUGAAGCUGAAAAACCUUCUUUGGAGAUAAUCCCAGAGACUCCGCAGUCUGUUCUUGUACAGAGAACUGGAGAUGCUGAAGUUCCAGUGGAACCUGUUUUAGUACCGGAGUCAAAGGAUGAGCAAUUGGCCUCUGUACCAUCGGGAGAAGCAUUUGAUAUAAAGACCAAAAUAAAAGGUGAUAUGGUGGUUGUGGGUUCCGAUAGAGAAUCCCCCAAUUCUGAUUCCAGUGGAACAAAAGAUCCAAGCACGGAAGACUGGGAACACGAUUUUGAUCUCGAGGUCACAGAUGAAGACUUGAAGGCGGCAGAUGAAAUCGCCAAACACCUGGAUCUUGAUCUACAGGAUGAUGACUGGGAAAACUGGGAGUAGUUUGAUGUUAUUGGUGAUGUCCAGAAAUAUAUUAUCUGCUUUAUUGUUAUGGACAUUGUUGAAUUUGAAGGAAAUGGUUAAUUUAUCUUAUGCAAAUUUACUGCAUGUGUUCUCAUUCCUGAAGUGUCCCAUCAUAUUAACACAAAAUAGGUAAUUGUAGGAAUUCAUGGUUUCUAAUUUGGUUAAUUGUCACAUUAACAAUUAUUAACGAUUCACUGAGCAUACAAACCAUUCACAAAAAGAAAGGGGUUAAUACCUGAACUGAACAUUAUUUUACAAUCUGGCCAGUUUACAAUUGGUAUCUUUGCAAAAUUAAUAUAUUUUUAAAGCUAUGCUUUUAGGAGGGUGGUACCCAAAAAAAAAGAGAGAAGAAUAUGGUUUAUGUAUUUGUGGAAAUGUUAAUCAUUGUACAUGGCUUCUUAGUUUUGUUUUAAAUCCUGAACAUUUUUAGUUUGUCAAGUGUGUAGCAUCAAAGGAUGCAGUAAACAUAUUUUCAAUAAAGAUGUGUCCUUUGAAAA